AUGGCGCCAGGUCCAUCUAUGCCUUUCGAAAUAAAGUAUGCCAAGGCAUCUGAGCUGGGUGCACUCGUGGGCAUUGAAAUACGCUUCCACACAUUCAAAACAGUCUCUUCCUUCGAGUAUUUCGCAAAACCCGAGUGCCAUAUUCUAGCGGGUGUUGACUCUGGGACCGGUGAGAUCAUCGCAUACAGCCGCUGGAAUAUACCAUCUAUUUAUCAAUUCAAAAGAGCUGUGCACACAAGUCUGAGCAUUAAUGCGCAAGCGCAAUUGCAGAAUCUGUGGGCGUACGCACCAGAGUUGAACAAAGGCACCUACACGUUCUACGAGGAGAUGAUAAAGCGUAGUAGGAACGUACAUCUCAGGCAAACUGAUAUUGGUAUCAAGAAAGCAGACGCCUGUAACGCCCGGAUAUAUCUAGAAGCUACGAUGGAAGAAGUACCAGCGUAUUUAAAGCACAGAUAG